UUAGUAAUGUGAAAUUGAAUGUGAAAUUGAAUUUUUUUAGUUUUCGAUUGCUACUGAUUACUACAGAACUCAGAAUGUUUUACUAAGACAUGAAUGUUCUGCUUAUUAUUAUGGUUUAGAACAUGAACUCUGAUUGCUACUGAACUGUUACUUGUGUUUAAAUAAUUGUAUUGAGUGUGAGAGACGAAUUCCAAUUGAAAGCCUCGGUUUUAAAUAAUUGUCUUAAACAAUAGUAGAAUAUGAAAGCCUGAUAACUAGUCAAAUUGUUUUAGAGUUACUAUAUGUAAUUAAGAAAAGUUAACUUACUUCCUUUGCCAAUUUUAAUCAUGUAUGGCAAUGACUUUGAGAGGAGGACGUAAUCAAUAAUCCUAAAUAGUAGAGGUGGAAAAGAUGGAAAAUGUAAGCUUAUUUGAUUCAAAAAAAUGUCUGGCUCCGCCAUGCUCCGACAGUCACCUUGCCUCCUCACUCACUCCCAUGGUUUGAAAUCGAGCAGCGAAGACAACACAUUCCAAACCCAUAACUUAUUUCUUUCCCUCACUCUCUUCAUACAAUGAAUAGGGUUAUAAAGAAGACUGUUUCAAAUGUCUUUGCACUCAAAAUUCCAAGGAAGUGUUUUUGUUCUCAGGCUGUUAAAGUUGAUGCUUCCACUAAUUUACUACCUUCCAAUGAGCAUGAGAAGAAGCCAAUUAUUAGCCAAAUUAUUCCAGAAUAUGAUGUUGCUAUUGUUGGAGGAGGCAUGGUUGGCAUGGCUUUAGCUUGUUUCUUAGCUUGUAUGCCAAUGACAAAGCAGUUGAGCGUGGCAAUUAUUGACAGCAAUCCAGCUCUGAGUAGUGGCUUGUGUAUCAAAAAGGAAGACCCCCCUGAUCCUAGAGUCAGUACAGUAACUCCUGCUUCUAUAUCAUUUCUCCAAGAGGCUGGUGCUUGGAAAUAUGUUGAACAGAACAGACAUGCUUAUUUUAAAAAGAUGCAGGUCUGGGAUUAUACUGGUUUUGGGUAUGCUAGAUACGAUGCAGGAGAUGUAAAUAAAGACUUUCUAGGGUGUGUAGCAGAGAAUAAAGUUCUUCAUAGUUCCUUAUUGUCAUGCAUAAAGGAUUCUGAUUUCAAGACAACAUUCUAUCCGUCGAGGUUAACUUCAAUGACUUUAAAUACAAACUCUAUGUCCGUAGUGGAGGAGAAUACGCCAUCCAAAGAACCUUCACCUGCUCAAGGGCAUGCUUCAAAGCUGGAACUUAGUGAUGGCAGUAGCAUAUAUGCCAAGUUGGUGGUUGGUGCUGAUGGAGGAAAAUCACGCGUUAGAGAAUUAGCAGGAUUCAAAACAACUGGAUGGAAUUACUCUCAGAAUGCUAUCAUCUGCACUGUAGAGCAUACUUCUGCUAACCAUUGUGCAUGGCAACGGUUUCUACCUAACGGUCCAAUUGCACUUCUACCCAUGGGUGAAAAUUUUAGCAAUAUUGUUUGGACCAUGAGUCCAACAGAGUCAAACGACCGCAAAUCAAUCACUGAAGAAAUGUUUUUGAAAGACGUGAAUUCUGCUUUAGAUUAUGGAUAUGGACCUCAUCCUACGUCAAGCUCAUUAGGAGCUCGUGACAUAUUUUCUUGGCUUAAAAUGGACGGAACUUUAUCAGCUAAUGAACCCUUUGAAAUUCCUCCAAAAGCAAUAAGAUUGGCAUCUGAAAGGAUGGUGUUUCCUCUGUCCUUACGGCAUGCCAAUUCCUAUGCAACGAAGCGCGUUGUUCUAAUAGGAGAUGCAGCCCACACUAUCCAUCCUCUUGCUGGUCAAGGAGUUAAUUUGGGUUUUGGAGAUGCAUAUUCUCUUUCAAGAGUUAUUGCUGAGGGAAUUGCUUUGGGAUCCGAUAUUGGAGAGGUAAAUUUGUUAAAGAAGUACGAGCAGGAGAGGAAACCAGCAAAUGUUACGAUGAUGGCAAUCCUUGAUGGUUUCCAAAAAGCUUACUCUAUUGAUUUUGGACCUUUUAAUUUUCUGCGAGGCGCAGCCUUCAGAGGAGCAAACUUUGUAUCACCACUUAAGAGAAGCAUCAUUUCUUAUGCUUCAGGGGAGAGAAAAUUGCCCAUUUUCUUCUGAACAGAGAAUUGUAGUUUAUAUAAAUAAAGUCAUUGCUUGACUGCAUUUUCCACAUGGCCGAUUCUUUUACUUUCCACAUGAUCAAAAUAAGUUUCGGCCAAAGGUUCAGCAACACCAUAGUUUAUCUUUUUCGUUCCUAGGGUUUGAGGGUGAUGGAUGAAUUAAAAUGAUUUAGUUUUCAUAUUUAUUCUGUCUCUUUGUGAAGUUUUUAUGCAUCAAUGGAUGGAAGUUGGUUAGUUUUGCA